UUCAGUGCACCUUCCCCAUCACAUCGCUGCUGCUGCUUCCUUCUGCCACAGCCCACUCCUUCUUCGCAGGCAGAGCUGACUUGAUGCGCAUAAUAAAUCAUCUCUGCAAGAUCCCAGUCCGACCCCAGUUUCAGCGCGAGGCGGUCCGGAUUGGAGUCGCGCCUCGUGACAAGAAGCGGCAUCUUUUAGAUGUGAUCCACUGCAAACAACGUGGGUGUUGUGUGCGCGCGCGCGUCUGUUUUUUUUUUUUUUUUUUUUUGUAAUCUUAAUUUUAGUGGGGAGUGAAGGAGAAUGAGCCGUGUGUGCGCGCGCUUCCUGCGCUACCCGCUAGUAUCUGUGAGUGGCCACCGGCUCAGUUUCACCUGUAUGAACGACCUUCAAUUGUGACCGAAAUUUUCCUAACGAGGUUUCCAUGGAGCAGCGAUCUGCCUUUUCUUCCGUGAGCGUUGAAUUGGGCUCCCGCAGCAGGGCUCCGCAUCUGUCAGCAUAAGGAGGUCACGCUCGUCUCCCUCUCCGAGAACACAAGUGCCAUUUUAAAGCUUAUUGGAUGAAAGUCUCAUUUACCUCUGGCUGCCAAAGAUGACGCUGCCAUGGAAACAACUUCUGCUGUUAUCAAUCAUCGACUGUCUGACAGAUUGUUUGGACAGUGGAUCAUAUCAUGGCCCACGCUGGAGGAUGGAGCCAGGUGACUUGUUUAUUCCUGUCGAUUCCAUAGAAGAAGAAGCCACGCUGACGUGUGACGCUAAGGGAACGCCGGCUCCUCAAUACAGAUGGUCACUGAACGGGACUCUCAUAAAUCUGAGUCUGGAUCGGCGGCGGCGUCUGUCUGGGGGCAACCUCAUUAUAAGCAGUCUGGAUCGCUACCAGGAUGUUGGGAUUUACCAGUGUAUGGCCUACAACACUGUAGGAGCCGUCCUCAGCCGGAGAGCCAGUCUACAGUUUGCCUACCUAGAUCAUUUCAAAGUUCACACCAGGAGCGCUGUGUCAGUCCGAGAAGGGCAGGGAGUGGUGUUACUGUGUGGAACGCCUACAUCCUCAGGAGACCUAACCUAUGCAUGGGUCUUCAAUGAGUACCCAUACUUUGUUCAGCAAGACAAUCGGCGCUUUGUCUCCCAGCAGACAGGAAACCUUUACAUCUCCAAGGUGGAGCCAUCUGAUGUGGGUAACUACACUUGUGUAGUGAUGAACAGCAUCACAAAAGGCAAGGUUCACAGCUCACCCACCUCCCUGAACCUCAGGACAGAUGGAGUCAUGGGUGAAUAUGAGCCAAAAAUAGAGGUUCAUUUCUCAGACAAUGUACCUGCUGCAAAAGGAACAACUGUUACUCUGGAGUGUUUCGCCCUUGGGAACCCCGUCCCAGAAAUCACCUGGAGGAGAGCAAAUGGAAUUCCCUUUCCCAGCAAAGUUAAAAUGAAGUACUCCAAUGCUGUAAUGGAGAUCCCCAGCUUCCAGCAGGACGAUGCAGGCGGCUACGAGUGUGUGGCUGAGAACAAGAUGGGCAAAAACACAGCAGCAGGUCGUUUGGCCUUUUAUGCCAAACCUCAGUGGAUUCAGACCAUGAAGGACACCGCUCUGGCCAUAGAGGAGAGACUGAACUGGGAGUGCAGAGCUAAUGGCAAGCCCAAGCCCUCCUACACGUGGCUGAAGAACGGCCAGCAGCUCCUUUCAGAUGACAGGACCGAUGUGGAGGAUGGGGUCCUGUCGGUGUCGAUGCUGACAUUAACAGAUGCUGGCAUGUACCAGUGUGUGGCUGAGAAUAAACACGGUGUCAUCUAUUUUGCUGCUGAAUUAAUGGUUCUAGCUUCUCCUCCAGACUUCACAGGGAACGUCCUCAGAUCUUUGCUCAAAGCCAAGGCAGGAACUACCGUGACUUUGGAAUGUAAGCCCAAGGCCUAUCCCACAGCCAACAUUUUAUGGAAGAAAGGAAACCUUCCUGUCCAGACCAACGACAGGGUCACACUUUCUCCAGACGGAACUCUGAGGCUUGCAAACGUAAGCAAGUCGGAUGCAGGCAGCUACACGUGCUUUGCGAGGAAUAGAUUUGGCAUGUCAAGCACAACUGGAAGGCUCCUGGUUACGGAUCCAACCAGAUUUAUCCAGGGGCCGGUGGACAUGGAGAUCAUCGUGGGUGAGAGCAUUGUGUUGCCCUGCCAGAUCACCAGUGAUCCCGUACUUGAUGUUUCCUUCUCCUGGGCCUUCAAUGGACAGCUGAUCGCCAAAGGAGAUGGUCACUUUGAGCUUGUUGGAGGGAGAACAGCAGGAGAUCUGAUGAUCAGGAACAUUCAGCUUUACCAUUCUGGCAAAUACAUCUGCGUGGUAGAUACUGAUGUGGAGAGCCUGUCAGCCGUGGCUGUAUUGAUCGUGAAAGGCGCCCCCAGUCCUCCAGACUCAGUGACUGUGGAGGAAGUGACAGACAGCACGGCCCAGCUGGCGUGGAGCCCCGGCAGAGACAACGGCAGCCCCAUUACCAAUUACCUCAUUCAAACCAGAACUCCUUUCACUGUGGGCUGGCAGAGGGUUAACACAGUACCGGAGAUCAUCAGUGGGAACACUCUGACAGCCACUGUGGUGGACCUCAACGCCUGGGUGGAGUAUGAAUUCAGGGUUCUGGCCAAAAACAGCGUUGGGGUUGGAGAACCCAGUCCAAUUUCCGUCAAGACGAGGACGGAGGAUGCUGUUCCAGAUGUGGCACCGGGAGAUGUGGGUGGAGGAGGUGGCAGUAGAUCUGAGUUGGUCAUCACUUGGGAGCCUGUUCCUGAAGAACUGCAGAAUGGCGAAAGCUUUGGCUACAUCAUUGCUUUCCGUGCCUUCGGAGAAGUCAGCUGGAUUCACGUGGCCACUUCUGCCCCCGGUGCAUCCCGCUAUGUGUACCGCAACGACAGCAUCGCGCCCUUCUCUCCAUUCCAUGUCAAGGUUGGCACUUACAACAGCAAAGGACAGGGUCCUUUCAGCCCAGUGGUCACCAUCUACUCUGCAGAGACGGAGCCAAGUGGAAUGCCAGUGGGAGUUUGGGCCAGAAGUGUCUCAGCCUCGGAGAUUGAGGUGAAUUGGCAGGCUCUCUCCAUCACUCCUGAAAGAGUUCUGGGCUAUGAGGUGGUCUACUGGGAGGACGACACAAAACCGGAGACCAUGGGAAAGGUCCGGGUGCCUUGGAACCAAACUUCGGUCACAGUGAGCGGCUUGGCAGGAAACUCGCAGUAUUUCCUAACAGUUAGUGCCUUCAACACAGCAGGCACCGGCCCGUUUCUUCCUGCAAUCAACGUCACCACAAAAAAACCACCUCCAGCUCAACCUCCACUGAAUGUUGAAUGGACACUAAUUGGCUCUCAGCUGUCGCUUUACUGGGAGCCUGUGGUGGCAAUGGAAUCGGAGUCUGAAGUUAAAGGCUAUCAACUUUCAUACAGGAGGCAGAGACACAAAGAGGUAAACACUCUCACAACAAGCAAUUCAACAGCGGAGCUGACCCUCCCCGAGGGUGACGAUGACUACAUCAUCCGCAUUCAGACCACGAGUGAAGGAGGUCUGGGGCCAGCCUCAGAUCCCAUACGAAUACACAAACUAAGUAUGAGUGCCCGCGGCUCCAGAGCCUGGAGUGCAGACGUCUCCCCCGUCUCCUUGUUUCUCGCCAUGUUAAUGUCAACGUUCAGGUCAACAUUGUGACACUUGUCUCCAACAGUCAGUAUUGUUUUUACAGAAUACCUUUACAGAAGUUGUCAAGUACUUUCUUUUUUUGAACUUACAGGCAUUACAACAAUGCUGUCUCUGAACUGACUCAAGUGCUUAGUUUCCACCUUUUUUGUUUUUUGAAAGAAUUUUAAGUAAAAAAUUUAACAUUGAUGCUGAUUUAAGAAAAAAAACAUGCUUCAUUUCAGGUAUAUAUUUUGUAAUUAAUUUACCUAUACAUUAUUAUUUCAUUUUCUUCUUACUUAGGAAUGCUACAGAUGCCUUACUUCCAUUUGUGUGCCAAAGUAGUUUCAGCCUUUUUGAUGUUUUUACAAAGAUGUUUUCUUUAACUUUUAGUUUCUAAAAAGGUUUUGCUGUUCUUAGCUGAGGAUUCUGCUACAAGGUGUUUUUUUUUUCCUGCCUAAAUGUUCAGUUUUCCAUUUCACAGCUGGAAAAGAAAAGUAGAAGAUGUUUGUUUACCUGUGCCCGUGCCUUUGGAGAUUAUCAUAAAAGCCUCUCUUGUAACACCGGCAAGUCACAGUGUGACAAAACAUACUUCAGCUAUUUUUGGUUGAUUUAUUUUUUUUAGUUUGAGGGGUGGUAAAAUGUUGUCAUUGUGUUUUCAAGAGAUUCAUGUUCUCUUGUCUCCAAGCACCAACUUUUACAGAUCUAUUGAUCCGCUUAGUAAGAAGUGCCAUACAGUCAACCUUCACUCAUUCAAAGAUGUUGAUUUUCUGUAUUAAAGACCCACUCCGAUUUCAGUCAUUUCAGAAGCAUUCCUAGAGGUUUUUAAUUAUAAUUAUGCUUUCUUUUAAGCCAAAAUCAAAAAACCUGUGUCGUUUUCUAAGACAUAGUUUCUGUCGAGCGGCAGUAGUUCAUUAGAAAUUUACCUUGUGCGGAGAACUGUUGGCGCGGAGCAAACCCAUUCCCCCUUCCCGUCCCCAAUAACUAACAGUUCCCAGUUUACACGCUCUCCAGCUAGCUUACAGCCCCUCACAACCCCAACCUAAUGUUAGCAGUGCAACAAAUGGACGAAUGGAUCUAGUUGUUUAUAAGAGGAUGUACCGCCCAUUGUAUUUGUAAUGUCACAACCUUUUUCAGAUGGCAUUUUUUCGUCUGCUCCUGAUUCACAACUAUUUGAAUAAAGAAAUGAUGUCCUCCAUCAUCAGAAAAACGCUACAAGAACAUGUUAAAAACACAAAAAACACAAUUUUUUACCGGAGUGGGUCUUAAAGAAACCAACAUGGGUUUUAAAUUAAAAAAGGGGGCAACCAUGGAAUAUUUGGUUGUGAAAAAAUUCUGAAAGUAUUUCUUUUUGACAUCAAACUGUUUUGUGAAGGUUCAUUGCCUGUGAAAUCAUUCCUAACCAUUUUACUUUCAACUUUUAGUGUAUCUCUCUUUUAGUUAUCUCUCAUCCUUUGGUUUUCAGUCAAAAACCGGAAAUCCAUCAGCUUCAUCAUCUCCUUUGAACCAGCAGAACUUGACUUUCUCUAAAAAUCAAACAUGUGCCGGCUCCUAUGAAGCUUGUAUAUUGUACAUUGAUGUCAUCAAAAGUAUUUUACAGGAUGACAGUCCUAAAAGCACCUGUGAGCUCCUUUGUGUUUUUGCCUGCUGACAGAGGUUUUAAAACUGAAUGGUGGAGGAAAUGUUCAGAGCACAGCCACAUGUCUUUAGAAAGCCAUCUUUGCUCCUUCGGUUAUCUAGGAAAGCUCAGACACCUUACUUGACUUUCCUUUGUUACAUUGUGACUUGAAUUUCCAAGAAAAAGAUGCAAAUGUGUGGCUUUGAUUUGAUGCCUGUACUGCUGGCCAGGUAGCAUCAUAAACUCGAUAAGGUGUUAGUGGAAAUUAUUAUUCACAGCAACACAGUUUAGUGGGUUUUAAAUAAACAGUAGGAAAAAUUAUUGUAAAGCAUUUUUAUUUAUCAGGACCCCAGAAUUUGUUAAUUGACUUUAAUGCCGAUUUUCUUCUCUUUAGUCAAAGCACAAAACUCUUAGGGUGCGUUUUACACGUCCUAUUUAACCCAAAAAUGACUUUACUUGUUAAAUAGACUGGUUGGUAAAAUCCUCUUAGGGAUUUAAAACAUUUAAUUGAGGAAAAACGUAGACUGCAAAGUUUAAAUGAUUAAGAACAAGCCACAAAUUCUGAGGCCAAAUUAUAUUAGGGUAUAAUUGUACAGCACUUUAACAUUUUUCCUCCUCUGAGUUCCCCUCAUGCUGUUUGGCUGCUCUUUUUAUGAACACAGCAGAGUUCAUUUUACAAACAUUCAGAUGGGAUUUGAUCUAAUUGGUUAAUAAUAUGGCAGCAACUCAGUGCAUUUUGACAUGUAAACAUGUUUUAGACUACAGGAAUGUAAUAAUUACUUUUUUUUUAUUGUAUUCAUGUAUAUUUACUAAAAGAAAUUCAGAUUUUCUGACAUCAUAACAAUAUUAUUUUAUUAUUAGUUCAUGUUUCUGAAAAAAAGUGAUUUGACAAUUUAGCAUUUCUAAAUUCGGCCUUCCGUCUGAUUAAUAGAAAAUUCAGACUCAAUCGAGAAUCCGACCCAUUGACUUUUCCCAGCAAAGAAUAGUGGCGACGGUUAGGUCAAUGUUUCAGACAUGUUGUGCAUCUGGUGGUGCAAACACCAAACUUGGCAUUUUGCUUUUUUAGAAAAGCAUGUUUGAAACAACAUUUUUACAAAAAUAUGAAAUUUGCCCCAAUCUCAACAAUAUGGCUGUUCGUGCACAAAAUGCAGACUUUAAACUUAAGGGGUAUCUACAGAAUACUAUUACAUGUAUAUUGUAUUAUAUAUAUUUUAAAAUCUUGGCUUAUAACCGGUUCUGCUAGAAGUCUUUUACAGUCUCUUCUGAAUUUGAAAAUGCAUUUGAGGGCAGCAUUUAUCAGGAGUUUGUAAGGUUAUGGUAUGUUCUCAUUUACUGUUUAGACUCUACGCUACAGUACAUUCAUAUUUUGAACAAUCUUGGGAUUGCUCCCACUGGAACUGAUUAUCCGAUGUUCACUUCGCAUCCACUUCACACCCCCUUCACACCACUGUUUGCCAGACAUGAGGAGGUGAGAAAAUAGGCAGGGUUUGAACCUUUUCUUUUCUUUAGGUUUUUGUGUUGUUGUUCAUCAAUGAAGAUGCGAGAAACGUUAUAAACGUUUACAGCGAAGCUCUGAAAAUAUCUGCCACAGUCCCUAAUUCUUUUAUAAAAGUAUUAUAAUAUGUUAAAGUGGUCCUGGCUUAGAAUGGUGUCGAUUUAUCAUUGAGGAAACGUCCUAGCGUCUGUUCUGAAGAAAUGUUUUUAUUCCUCUUUAUUCUUCAAAGGAAUACAGUUCAGAAAAAUACCAAUUUGUAACAAAAGAAAAAGGUAAAUAUUUGAAAACUAGUUUGAAUGUUUUUAUAUGAUUUUCACUAAUGAAUUCAUGCUUCAGGGGACUUUUAUUUUAGCACACAUAAGGCAAGAGCCUUCACAAAGUCGCACAUCAAUUACUUGGUUGUUCUCACAACAGGGGCACCAGCUGACCAAUCAGAAUCCAGGAUUCUUCUCGUCUUGGUUUGAAAAUCACAAAUUCCUCAGCUGUUGUCAUAUUGAUCCUACGAAAUAACUCUUGAAGAUAGCGGUAUGGAUUUUUUUUUACCCAUGUAAUGGCAUUUUAGAUACUGACUGGUUAAUGGGAAAUACAAGUGACUUAUUCUUCAAUGGUGAAGGAAGUAAUUAGUUUCCGUCCAAGUCUCCAUCCAUCUGGAUGACACACAGCUAUUGCCAGUCGACAUACAUCAUCAGCCGCUGUAGUCAGGACAGGAGUUUUAAAGUACUGCCAAUUGUGCCAGUCUAAUAGUUGAAAUCUAGCCACCAGCUCAGACAUUAUUUGGCUAAAUGUAUGGUUGGCUGUAUUUUAUACUGUGUAAAUCGGUCCUUUGUUGUCAGUUGUGUUGGCCUUUUCUAUGUGGUGCGUGUUACCAUUUUUUAUUUAUGCCUUUCAGUGAUACCCAGCUGCUCAGGUAUUCAGGCCUGUUUCGCUCUACCUUUCAAUGGCUCUGAAAAGGCAGGAGAUCAGGAAAGGUGUUAGCACAAAGGGGCUGUUUAAUGGUCCUCUGUGAUGAAUAGAUACCCUGAUAGAUGCCACAUUAAAAUAUCUUAAUGAAUUAAAAUGGGCCUGAGGGGGUUCUGUUGGAAAGGGCAAAGGAGUAAUGGUACUAAUGAUAUCCACACAAGACCAAUUUAUCAGGAUUUAGGAAAGUCUGAAUCAGCAUGACACCCAAAAAAGGUGUGUAUGAGGGUGAGUGUGAACAGUUGUUACUGCAGAGUCAGUAGACUAGACUCUCCAGGAGGAUCAUUUUGAAAAUGACUUUAAACUUGUCUUUUCCUAAUCCGUGGUUGGAACUUUUUCCCACAUUGAAGAAGAUUAAUAGGUCCGUUUUAGAGGAAGAUAAAUGGGAAUAUAUCGACUGAACCUUAGAGAAGGAUGCAGAUUCAUGGAGGAGCUUGUGUUAAAAUUCUGUUUUAUACCUUUCUUCUGAUUCUUUUUUUUGUUUUUUUUUCAAGAUGGGCAAAUUAACUAAAACUGUCUUGAGUUAGUCUUUAUGUGCGGUCAAUCUGUUCAUCUUCUAUUCUUCAUCACUUUACACAUUAAGAAAGCGGAUCUUUUGGCUGAUUUGUUGAUUCUCUAAAUUUGAAAGAAGCUUCAUUUGUAUUUUGGGUAGCAGCAUUGCCAGCCUCUUUGUUUUGUAUUGUGUCCGUACUGUAAAAACUAUUUGCUUUCAUUUAUGUUAACUAUUCUUAGCUUUAUUUACAUAUAAGUAUUCUUUACAAAGGUCAAGUGUUGCUAAAGUAAGUGAUGAAGAGCUAUUGUUUGCGGAUACAAAAUCCAGUAAAAAAAAAAAAAAA